CUUAUAGAGCUAGUUCAGACAUGGCGGAAUCCGUGCGGAUGCAAAUCGCGCGGUUCUAAACGCAAGUGUUCAGACAGACGCGGAUGUAAAUGCGGAGUGCCGUAAUCCGCAUAGAGUGACAGCGUUCUAGUCCAAUCAUGGAAGUCGAAGAAGCAAUAUGUGUGUACUUGUUGCUCCGUAAAAAAGAAAGAAAGAAGAAACGGCAGUAUUGGGUGCAUCCAAUAUUACGUGAUCGGCUCACCCAUGGUCAGUUUCUGACUUUAUAUCCAAAAUUAAGAAGUUUUGAACCAAAAUUCUUUAAUUAUUUGAGAAUGUCGAUAAAUUCAUUUGAUGAAUUAUUAGAAAUGAUCAGUGAACAAAUUGCAUCUAAUGAUACCCAUAUGAGGUCAAGCGUGGCCCCAGAAGAAAAACUCGUGAUUACAUUAAGAUAUCUGGGUACUGGUUGUUCCUUUGGAGAACUGCAUUACAACUUUCGUCUUGGCAAAUCUACAAUUACAGGAAUUGUCCGUGAAGUAUGUGAAGCUCUGUGGGAAAAAGUCGCAAAAAAUGUCAUGCCUGAACCCAGCGAAGAUAUAUGGAAGAAAAUAGCUACAGAUUUUGAAAAAUAUGCAAAUUUCCCCAAUUGCAUUGGCGCCAUAGAUGGCAAGCAUAUAAGGAUUACAAAACCCAAUGAUUCUGGAUCUUUGUAUUAUAAUUACAAAACUUUUUUUUCCAUAGUGCUGUUGGCACUUUGUGAUAGUAACUAUUGUUUUUCUUUCAUAGAUAUUGGAUCAUAUGGAAAAAGUAGUGAUUCUGCAAUUUUUAAAAAUUCGGUAUUUUAUAAAAGAUUAAUAGAAAAGUCAUUACACAUACCAAAACCUAAACCAAUAUCUAACACAGAUCCUACGCCAUUGCCAUACGUCAUAGUUGGCGAUGAAGCGUUUGGUUUAUCCGAAACUGUAAUGCGACCCUAUGCAGGUAGAGGGCUAUCAUACGAAAAAAAUAUAUUUAAUUACAGGUUAUCAAGAGCUCGACGUUAUAUUGAAUGCACUUUUGGAAUUCUGGCAAACAAGUGGCGCAUUUUUCAUAGGCCUAUAAACGUUAAUAUAGACUUUGCCGAAGACAUAAUAAAGGCCUGUUGUGUGCUACACAAUUUUGUUAGAACUAGAGAUGGUAUACAGUUUGAAGAUACUUUAUAUACUGGGCCAAUGAGUAAUCUUAAUACAUUACAUGCAGGAAGGGGUACACCGUCAUCAUUAAAUAUUAGAGACAAAUAUGCUAAUUACUUUGUAAAUGAGGGUCGUGUAGAAUGGCAAGACACAAAAAUAUAAAAACUUGAGAGGUGUCAAGGGACACCCGGAUAGAACGAAGUUGACCUCACUGGAGGCGAGUACUAGAGGCGAGUAGCGAGGCGUGGUGUUUGCGUGCGUGAGAAUCGUGAGAUUUUUCCCGCGCCCGAUACUUACCUCCAAUCACAAUAACAACAUUUUUAUAUAGUUUAGUUAUUUGGGGUGGACUGUCAAUUACAAAAUAUGUAAACUACCCUGAUAAAUGUAAAAUUAAAUACAUACUGACCAAAAAAAACCUUUUUUUCCAAAGAAUCCUCAUUUUCUCCAAAAAUAUCCACCAGCUCCUGCCAAGCUCCGUUUCUAAUAAUUUUAUUGGAAUAUUCUGCACAUUGGAUGUCCCACAAAGCAGGUCUCUUUUCCACCUCAUCGAUGAAUAGCUCGGUGUCGAAGCGAUCCAUUGUCACCGUCCGAUACGCGCGGCUUCCGCAGAGCAACUGAACGCGCUCUAGGUACGUCAAGUAAAUAGAUCCGAGCGGCAACCGCGCGAAUUCAUUUUCUAGCGGUUGAGUGGCGGUAGCCGCGCGGUUUGUCAAUCCGCGCGGACAGGUAUGAACGAAUUUAUAGGCGCUAAUGUAAAUAAGAUCCGCGCGGUCUAACCGCGCGAUUUGCAUCCGCACGGAUUCCGCCAUGUCUGAACUAGCUCAUAAACG